GUCGGGUGGGUUCGAGCGCGACAGCGGCUCCACUUCGCAUCUCAUUCAGAUGUUUGCAGAGCUUAAGUUUCAAGCCACCAAGGCCAAAAUGGAUGCAGCUGAGGUUCAGUUCACCCCACUGUCUAUCUCAGUUAACAGCUUCAAAGCAGAGGUACAGAGUCCGGGUCCGGGUGCGCAUCCCGCUGAUGUGGGAGCCCUUCAAUCCAAAUCACGACGAAGUGGUGGUCAGCCUCGAAAUUUUUUGAUCGACGACAAGAUAGGGACAAACCAUGCAAGCCAAUAUACAUCACACAGACAGAUAAAAAUGUGUUUCAAAGAGCGGCUAGUUGAAGGGCAAGUUUAUGCAUUGCCAGAUUCUGAAGUUUCUGAAGUAAAGCACUGAAAUUUAUCACCUGUUGUAAUGGCUUGAUGAUAUACGUUAGUGGAUGAGAUAGAUGGAUAAGUCAAUUCGAUACCAGAAGAUACAGCACCUACAUGCGGUCCAGCCAUUGACCCACCGAGUCGUGCUAUGGACAUGGAAAACCAGUAGGCCAUUCUUGUGGAUGCCAAAUGUAGUCUUUUGGAGUGAAAAAUCAAAGAUGGUGAGAUGAUUGUUUUGCUUUGAACAUGAGACCUUUCAACAUUUAUUCUUUGACUAUCCUUUGCGCUGGCGCGCUGUUUAUUUAGCAUUCAGCAUUACUCCUCGGUGUGGCAUGUCACUUAUAUUUGCCCGCUAAGGCACACGGUGUGUGCAUGCUCAAUCUCUCGUCAUUUUUGCCCACAAAAAGCGCUAUAACAGCUGCCGCUCAUGCCUUCAUCUCGUCCAUGGCUUUGAUCUCUCUUCCCACACAAGCUCGGCCUUCCUGUUCAGGUUCUGUGGCUCUCUAGGCGUGUGUUCUUCACUAAACAAUAGUAAUAUCCUAAGAUCCUCAAUUUUUCUGACUGUUUCUUGCCCCAAAUCUUAUCAAGAAAAUCACAAUGUUCUUGCCCUAUGCAACUGCCCCGUAGAGACGUCCUGUGGCAAGUUGAUGUAAUGGGGUCUCCAAUUUUUUAAUCCGGGCAUGCCAACCAUGGCAAUGGCGUUCCCAACCCUACCAGUUACCCUCACAUGCCUCACACUGUUAGCUCUCUUGUCGAUUGUCAUGGCAGCUGAUAGCAACUCCACGGCCACUGGCCUCAUUCUUCUAGAUUGCGGAGCAUCAAGCCCAAAUGUUGAUGAUAGUGGUCGUAUUUGGGAUGGGAACGCCGGCUCCAAGUUCGCGCCAUCAGUGAAAGGAGUUGCAGCCACUGCUUCAUACCAAGACCCUUCACUCCCCUCCUUGGUCCCUUAUAUUACUACACGCAUCUUCACUUCAAAUUACACCUAUCACUUCCCUGUCAGUCCAGGCCGCCUGUUCUUACGCCUCUACUUCUAUCCGAUUGCUUAUGCAAACUAUGCUGUCUUCGAUGCCUUCUUUGAUGUCACCGCAGGAAAUCUUGUACUCUUAAAUGGCUUCAAUGCUUCGCAAACUGCUCAGGCGAUCAAUUCUGCCUACCUUGUCCGUGAAUUUUCAGUGAAUGUUUCUUCAGGCAACUUGGACCUCACCUUUGCCCCAUCAGCAUAUCAGAAUGGUUCUUAUGCAUUUGUCAAUGGCGUUGAGAUUGUGUCUACGCCUGACAUCUUUACAACAUCUAACUCAAGAUUUGUCGACGGCGGUAACACAUUUCCAUUCUCAUUCGCCGCUGACACAGGCUUCCAGACUAUGUACCGGCUCAAUGUCGGGGGCGAUGCCAUUUUGCCGAUAUAUGACUCGGGCUUUUACCGCUCAUGGAACAGUGAUUCCUCGUACUUGUACUUAUUUGGUGCCUCGGGAGUGACCGUCUCCAAAGAUUUCAAUUUGACCAUUCAGUAUACACCCACAGUGCCGAAUUACACUGCGCCAUUUGAUGUCUAUGGUACAGCUCGGUCAAUGGGGCCAAAUGCACAGGACAACCUGAACAGCAACCUUACAUGGAUUUUACCCGUUGAUGCAGGGUUCGCUUACCUCAUAAGGUUCCAUUUCUGUCAGAUUAAGUAUCCUAUUACCAAGGUGAAUCAGAUGUCGUUCUUCAUCUACAUCAACAACCAGACAGCGCAGCAGCGAAUGGAUGUCAUUUUCUGGAGCGGAGGAAUCGGUAGAACAGCAUACAAAGACUAUGCUAUCAUGGCUAUUGGUUCCGGUCAGGUGGACAUAUGGAUUGCACUUCACCCUGAUCUUUCAAGUGAACCAGAGUAUUUUGAUGCAAUACUUAAUGGUCUUGAGGUUUUCAAGCUACAGGAUUACGAAUCGAACAAUCUUGCUGGGCUCAAUCCUCCACUUUCGCAAUUCACUGAUCUUAACAGUGUUGCAAGAAAAUCCUAUGAUGACAUACCAGCAGUCAUGGGUGGAAUUACUGGCGGUUCUGCUUUGAUGUUGAUUGCCCUUUUCAGCACGUUUGUUAUCUGCACACGGAAGAAGGUAGCAAAAAGUUCUUGCAAGACCGACUAUGGACAUCUGAAUCAUCCCACUGAACUCAGAAAGUCCACAUGUGAUCUUGUCCGUCACUUCUCAUUUACAGAAAUUCAAGUUGCCACCAAAGACUUUGAUGAAGCACUUAUCAUUGGCAGAGGCAGUUUCGGGGAUGUCUACAAUGGAGAGAUAGACGGAGGGACAAAGGUGGCGAUCAAGCGAUUCAACAAGAAAUCCCGGCAAGGCUUUCAUGAGUUUCAGACUGAAAUCGAGAUGCUGUGCAAUUUCCGCCAUCGCCACCUUGUAUCUUUGAUUGGCUACUGUGAGGAGAAGAAUGAGAUGAUUCUGGUGUAUGACUAUAUGGCUCAUGGAACAUUGCGUGAGCACCUAUACAACACCAGAAACCCACCACUGCCGUGGCAGCAACGCCUUGAGAUUUGCAUCGGUGCAGCCCGGGGACUGCAUUACCUCCACACUGGCGCAGAGCUAGGAAUCAUCCACCGUGACGUUAAGAGCACCAACAUCCUAUUGGAUGAUAGGUUCAUGGCAAAGGUUUCCGACUUCGGUCUGUCUAAGGCUAGUCCAGACAUUGACAACACCCACAUGAGCACUGCUGUGAAAGGCACCUUUGGAUAUCUUGAUCCGGAGUACUUCCGGCUGCAGCGUCUCACCAAAAAAUCAGAUGUGUACUCUUUCGGGGUCGUGUUGUUUGAGACCCUGUGUGCACGCCCUGUGAUAAACACCGAGCUCCCCGAGGAGCAAGUGAGCUUGCGUGACUGGGCACUAUCUUGCUGGAAGAAUGGUGUACUCGAGGAGAUUGUUGACCCCCGUGUUAAGGAGGAAAUCACCCCUGAGUGCUUCAGGAUUUUUGCAGAGAUAGCAGAGAAAUGCGUUGCUGAUCGUAGCAUAGAUAGGCCAUCAAUGGGUGAUGUACUCUGGAACCUUGAGGUCGCACUCCAGCUGCAGCAGGAUAGUGCAAGCUACAACGGCAACUGUGCAGAGGGUGCUUCAUUUCUUCGGAUCAGCGCGGUGCAUCAAGACAAACCAUCCACCAACUCAACAAUUAGCAUCACAGCACAGGAAGCCAUAUUUUCAGAUAUUGCGCAUCCAGAAGGCCGAUAAAAGCAAACUGCGGGUUGCUAUUUUGUUAUUUUGCUACAAGGUUGUUCAGUGCCUCGGUUAUCUCGAUGCAGUAGUAUUAACUACAGCCAUAUCUGACUGAGCUAUCAAGGAUAAAGGAGGGAUCUACAAUAGACAUAUUACCUGAUUUUAAGCACUGUCCCUUCUCCGAGUCAAGGACGAACUCAUCAACAGUGUAGUCAAUCUAAUUGGGGUUACGAGGGUGCCCGGUUGAUAUCCAGUGUCAUCCUUUCUGAUUUGCAGCGUCUUAUCCAGCUUUUUCAGAGGCCGCGUUUGCGAUGACAUGGCCCAGAAGCCAACGACGCCACUAAGGCACCCGCAGCUGCAUUGGUGCUAUGGGUCGCCAGAUAUAUGGAGCUAGUGGAGCCGUAAUUACAGAGUGAAAGGUAGACAUGCGUUUUUUUAGAUAGUAUGCUUAUUCCACAAAAUUCCAAGAAUUGUUCAAUUCAAAGCCCACCUACACUCGAUCUUUUUACACUCAGUCAAACAUUUUGUUCACCCAAUCAUUUUACAUAAUCUUGCAACUUUCACAUAUUCUGUAAUCAUCGAUUUUGUACUCGCAUAUUCAUGUGUUUUCUUUACUGUUGCAUUUUUAUUCAUGUGGCCCAAUCACACCUGAAACUAAAAUAUGCAGUUUGCACUUGCUAGGCUCCUCUCGGGAGCUGGUACAGUGUACCUGCUUUUUUAAACUGUACUUGAGGUAGCUACAGAUAUUGAUCGUGUUGGAGUUUCUAUUUGGUCAAGAGUUCCUUGGUCCAAGAUCUUGGGACUUACUAUUUGUUAUCAAAGUUUAUAUUGAGUGGGUAGUCACUAGCCUCACAUAACUAGCACACUUCAACAUAUUUUCCACGGUGGUAAUGUUGACAAUGUGAACUUGGUUGGAGUAGAACUGACAAUUUCCACGGAAAACUUGACAAAUCUGAUGAAAAGGCUUUCCAUUGUUACAAGACUAGAUAGGUGGCCUUUGCAUGUAUGUUGGGGGCAUCUUUGAUCCGCGGGAUUACGAAAUGUAGUGAUAGGGAAAAUAAAAAUAGGAUAGAAAUGCAUAUGAAAACAGAGGACCAAUAAAUACAAGAGUUUCAUGAGGUUUCGUGUUAGAAACAUUGAGUUGAGUCACUAUAAACAGUCUAUUCACAAGACUGGCAUGAUUAGAAUGUUCUUGCUAUUAUUAAACCUUUUUUACCUCCACCUCAUUACCUGUAUCUCCUAUGGACAGAGAUUUUUUGAAGUUAUUUUCCAUCAACAUCUAAAAAAAAGAUAUUUACACCAAACGAAAGGAAAGAAAAUAAAAACAGCUCAACAGAGCUAUCCGGUACCAGUCUUUUUCUAACAUGGUGACAAUCAUGGGAGAGGAAACCUAGAGGGCCAAGGAAUCAAUCCAUUGAUCCAGACUGUCCACAUUCUUUUAUUUAGUUCUGAUCCUGGCCAGUAAAAGGUCAUGUUUCAGCUUGAAUUUCCAUGAUCUUACCGUAGGAGUUUCAUUCUUGAAGAUCUUUCAAUUUCUCUGCAUCCAUAUAUUCCAGCAACCCAUAAUGAUGAUAAUAUCCAAUGGACAGAGACGCGGGAAGCUUUCAUGCUACUUUUUUCUCCAUUCGAUUGAACCAGAUUGAUGAACCGUGUCACCAGCAGAAAACUUUCUGUUCCUACAUGGCUGC